CGACCGUAAGCGAAACUCUCCCGCCGUCUCUCUACCGCCGACGAUUCCCAUUGUUCAUACGAUCUCUCUGUGUUUUCCCUCCGUUCGUCUUCAUCAUCUUGAUCCUGAAUUUUUCAAUCUUUCACUCAUAUCUCCGGGAAGAAAUUGGAGACCAUUCUUGCUGCCGAACAGAUUUAGGAUCUUUUGGAUGUUGAUUUGAAGCCCUACGAUCCGAUCAAUCAACACAUUUUGCCAUUUCAAGGGGGCUGCGAUAAGUUGAGUCGCUUUUGAAGCUAAAGCGGAAAAUGGCCUACGAACUGACUGAGCAGCAAAGAAUUGGAUUGGGUCUAAUUGGAUUUGGGAUCAUUUUUACAUUUCUCGGUGUGAUCCUGUUCUUCGACAGAGGGUUACUCGCCCUUGGGAAUAUUCUGUGGUUGACAGGGGUGUCCGUUUUGCUGGGCUGGUACUCCACAUGGAAACUCUUUACCAACAGAGAAAACUAUAAGGGCUCUGCUUCAUUUGUUUUAGGACUGUUCUUCCUUUUUGUUCGUUGGCCAAUCGUCGGCAUAGUCUUGGAAAUUUAUGGGUGCUUUGCUCUGUUCGGGUCAAGGCUUUUGGCCAUCGGUCAAGGCUGUCCUUUAUCAAAUACCAGUCAUUGGAUGGAUUAUACAAUAUCCAGUUCUGGUUUGGAUAGAGUGAAGGUAGAGAAGCCAGUGAGGUAUGGUGAUAUCAUCAUCUGCAAGAAUUCAAUUGGAUUGGCUUGAAUUGAAGAGGAUCCUACCACUGCUGCUGUAUAGUUUAGCUGCAGGGGGCAUUCAUAGAUUGGAAGUAACGCCCCAGCCCACACCAUUUAUUAUCUCCACAGCAGCAGACCAGUAUGUUGGGAUCUGUGUGUGUUAGCUAGCUCUCCUUCAAUUCUCCUACCUUAGUAGCUAGCUACUAAUGGAGCAAAACAUAAUGACGAUUACGAUAAUCCAG